AUGCUGUCAUAUCUAAUUCAUCGUGCCAUCGUCGCCUAUCUACGAUUCCCCAAUCUCUCCACGAAGGUUUCUUCCGGGAUACAUCACGACGAUGGAUCCAGAUUCAACGAAGUCGACCGGUUAAAGGAACGAUACGUCGAAUUUCGACCAUCAGAACUCCAGCGAGUCGCCGGGGAAGUAAUGCAACAAGAUGAAUAUCCUGACAUUGCCAAGCUUGCAGAGGGAGGUUUCAACAAGGUCUUUAUCCUGCGCGCAAAGAACGGUCGUGAAAUACUUUCGCGAAUUCCCACGUCGAUUGCCGGACCUCCUCAUUGCACGACCGCCAGCGAGGUUGCCACCAUGGACUUUUUACGUCAUGUUCUCAAACUGCCAGUGCCAAAGAUUUUUGAUUACUCGACGUAG